AUGAUUCGAUCACUUGUUCUUCUUUCCGUUCUCCUGUUCACAAACUGUGCAUCGAGCUUCGAAUCACGGUUGGUUCGGCAUAAUAAGGCUACUCCUAGUUUCCUAUUCCAAGGGAAGCAUUCAAGAUCAUUUACAAGUAUAGGGGCGAGUGGAAAUGAUGACAAAUCCGAUCCAGACCUUUCUACUGCCGACCAAAACUCCGAUGAUGACGCUGGAACGCAGGAAGUGCAAACGACAAAGCCAACAUCUACAAGGAUUGGAGGACGUCGAAAGAGAUCACGGCAGGAUACAACGAAGGUGCCUGCUGAGGCUGAUUCUUCGAGGAAUAAUAGAAUUGCAAGUAUCCUUUCCAAGUUUCGUACACCAACAUUGGUUUUCCUUGUACUGCUUUUGGUCAAAGGCUUUUUUUCUGGUGGCGAAACCUCAACUUACUACUAUUCCUACGAAAGCACUGUCUAUGAAACCCGGUCCUAUGUCUCUGACGGCGAAGUGAAGACGUCGAGAUCAGAAUCAAGAAGCUUCAAGUCCAAUAUCCCUGGUAUGGACCAAAGAUCAUUGUACUUUGACAAUUUCGAUGAGCAAUAG